GAUGCCGGCGCUUUGCUGGAAAGCCGAGCCCUACUGCGCAUGCGUAGAGCCAGCCCGGCAACCGGUUGCGGUCUAUCCCCGGAAGCGAGAGUGGCGGCGGAGGGCCUUGCUGGCUCCGGGUUUCCAGCGGCGGCUCUCAGGUCGGUACCCCGCGCGAAGGCGGGGGACGGAAGAGGAGAAUGAGGCGAAGGGCCCACGCCGAUGGCCGCGGCCUGAAAGGCACGGCGUGAGCCGCAGACGGAGAGCUGAGGCACCGCAGCCGCCAAGGCGAGAGCGAGUCCUCCCCCGGUCCCCUCAGAGGCGCCCGUCGGGUUGGCCCCACCGCUCUGGCCCCGUCAGGCCCCUUCUCACUGCGCUGCGGCGGGCGGAGGCGGAGGAAGGAGAAGCCCAUGGAAGGGAACCGCGACGAAGCGGAGAAAUGCAUUGGCAUCGCCCGAGAGGCCCUGGAGGCCGGCAACAGGGAGCGGGCGCUGCGCUUCCUCAACAAGGCCCAGAAGCUCUACCCGACCGAGACCGCGAAAGUAUUGUUGGAAGCAAUUGUGAAAAAUGGGAGUUCUGCUGGGAGUGGCGCUUAUUGUCGAAAGCCAGCAAGUGGCAGUGAUCAGAGUAAACCAAAUGGCAUGAAGGACAGCAAUGCAUUCACUGCUGGUGAAAGUGGGAAGACUUACACCAAAGAUCAAGUAGAAGGCGUACAGAGUAUAAAGAAAUGUAAAAAUUACUAUGAAGUCCUUGGAGUGUCCAAAGAUGCUGGUGAAGAAGACUUGAAGAAAGCUUAUAGAAAGCUUGCUCUGAAGUUUCAUCCUGACAAAAACCAUGCAUCAGGAGCAACAGAAGCUUUUAAAAAGAUCGGCAAUGCAUAUGCUGUGUUAAGCAAUCCAGAAAAGCGAAAACAGUAUGACCUCACAGGUAGUGAAGAGCCAUGCAGUCAUCCCAGCAAUGGUAGAUUUAAUUUCCACAGGGGCUGUGAAGCAGACAUUACUCCAGAGGACCUCUUCAACAUGUUCUUUGGAGGGGCAUUCCCAACAGGUAGCGUGCAUUCAUUUUCUAAUGGGCGGUCUGGCUACAGUCAUCAGAAUCAGCAUCAUCAUAGCGGACAUGAGAGAGAAGAGGAGAGGGGUGAUGGUGGCUUCUCUAUGUUCAUCCAGCUGAUGCCAAUUAUCGUGUUGAUUCUAGUCUCUUUGUUGAGCCAGUUGAUGGUGUCUAACCCUCCUUAUUCCUUAUACCCAAGAUCGAGUUUGGGCCAGACCAUUCAGAUGCAGACAGAGAACUUGGGUGUUGCUUAUUAUGUCAACAAGGACUUUAAAAACGAAUACAAAGGAGCAUCACUACAAAAGAUGGAAAAGAAUGUGGAAGAGGACUAUGUAUCCAAUAUUCGAAAUAACUGCUGGAAAGAGAGGCAACAAAAAACAGAUUUAUUAUAUGCAGCAAAAGUAUACCAAGAUGAACGCCUUCGGAGGAAAGCAGAAGCCAUUUCCAUGGACAACUGCAAAGAGCUGGAACGGUUGACCAGUAUCUAUCGAGGAGGAUGAGCUAGAUUUUUGGCUUGUGCUGCUUGAAGUACACAUUCUUUCUGUGUAUAAAAACAAAUAUGUACACUGAGAAAAUAAUAUUCAGUCAUAAAAGCUGAAAGGAGAGGGGAUGUAAAACUCUACUGUGUAGCUGUUUCCAAAAACCUUAUGCUGAAAUACUGGUUAUCAUUUAAUAGUCUCUUUAAUUAGUCUAAAAUAUAAGACAAAGUUUGUUUACAUCACUGAAUUGUCAUUUAAGUUUUACUCCCCAAGCUUCUGUGAACUUUUUCUGCAGGAAGAAGCCGCUCAGAUGGGCUGUGACACUUGUAGAGAUGUAGACGUAGCAAUUCUCCUUCUGAAAUAUUUGCCAUGUAAAUAUGUGUGGGAAAAGAAUACUUUUGUGUAUAUAAAAAUGUUAAGGAAAUCUGAAAGGCAUUUAGAUGCAUUAAACCUUUUAAUCUCAUGGAUGGAAUAAAUAGUAUGCUUAUAUCA